AAAGGAAUUCGUCAUGCCGGGAUAUGCCGGUGGUCAUCUUGACAGAUAGCAAUCCAUCGCCCUAUGAAAGGCACUUAUUAGAGAAAUUCGGAAAUAUCCAUUUUAUAAAAGGUUCUCCAUUGCGUCGUAAAGAUCUUUAUCGAGCCAAAGUUGAAUCUGCCAAGAGAUGUGUUGUGCUAUGUGAUUCCACUCGUUGUGAACAGAGCUCUGAUACGGCAGAUGCAGCUUCACUCAUGAUAGCAUUGAACAUUAAUUCUCUGUGUAUGGAUGAUUGUUUUGUGCUUGUAGAGUGUAUGUAUCGAGAAACGUUUAAGAUGAUCCGCGAAAGCGACACCGUUAAAAACAAACAGGAAGACUAUGUUCAAGCGUUAAUGCGCCCUUCUUUCAUGAGCGGAAAUGUAUUCACCUCAUCCAGCUUAGACACCAUCCUUUGUCAAUG